AUGCAAGUCUACGAGAAGGAGUGCCUGGGCGAAGAUGUGUUUCCGUGCAUGUCCGGGGGAUGCAUACAGCAGUCCCAGUACUGCGACGGGAAGGUGGACUGCGACGAUGGAACCGACGAGAACUAUUGCCGGCCUUGUCAAGAAAACCGCAUCAGUUGCGGCCGCGGUAAUAACCUUUUUAAAAUCGUGCCCACAGUUGAUCACAAGCCAGACGCUCAGUUCUGUAACGAGACCCACCAGUUCAUGUGUCGGGACAGCAAGAAGUGCAUCCCGAACCAUUGGAUCUGUAAUAACGACAUCGAUUGCGACGACGGAAGUGAUGAGCUAAAUUGCACUUUGGUUCCUGUGGCUACUGGUAAAUGCAAAGGUUUUCUGUGCGGCGAUGGAAAGUGUAUCUCCAGUCUUUGGUUAUGUGAUGGAAGCUACGACUGCAAGGAUAAGAGCGACGAGAAUUCACCGGAAAACUGCCGUCACAGCCUCCUGUCCCACUCGAUGCUAAGCGGAUCGGAUUGCCAGGAUUGGCUAGGAGGGAGGCGCCAAUACAAAUGCACGGACUCCUCGUUUUGCCUCCCGAGUGAAAUGAUGUGUGAUGGGAUGCAGGACUGCAAGGACGGCAGUGACGAGAGACCCUUCUGCGCCAACUGGCACACGAUGUGCGCGAACCACACGUGCCUCGGUGACAAGGCCUCGUGUGUGCCGGACCGCGCGGGGCCCACGUGCGAGUGUCUCAACCACCUCAACCUGCGUCGGUACAAUACCUCGACCGGGGCCUGCGACGACAUCGACGAGUGCGCGCUGGCCCGCCCUCAGUGCUCCCACUACUGCGUCAACGCGGACGGCCAUUUCACUUGUGAAUGCGCCGACGGCUACUUCAAGGACGAACUUAAGUACUUGUGUUAUGCUACAGGUCCCGAGCCCCUGUUGUUCUACAGUACACGAAACGAAAUUAAAUAUCUGAAAGUGAAGUCGAAGGAAGUGGUCACACUGGCUACAGGAAUAAAAAAGGCUCACGGGGUCACAUCGAACGGAAUAUACGUUUACUGGGUGGAAACAGCUGAAGGUCAUCAAGCCAUCGUCAAAGCUCACAUAGACGACGUAGAAAACACUCGACAGGUAAUAGUCGGUCUAGGUCUAGAGGAUCCAGGCGAUAUAGCCAUUGAUUUCAUGGCCCGCCACAUUUACUUCGGCGAUGCUGAAAGGGGCCUGAUCUUCGUAUGCUACGAUAGCGGCUUCAAAUGUUUUACUUUGAAAGCUGACACCAAACAUCCCAAGUUCAUCACUCUGGACCCGGUGCACGGGAAGAUGUACUGGGCCGAUUGGCACAGCCGGCCGGUGAUAAUGAGGGCCAAGAUGGACGGGUCGAGCUCUGAGGUGCUGGUAGAGUCGAUGACGUCAUUCGCCAGUGGCCUGGCGCUGGACGUGCCCAACGACAGACUCUACUUUGUUGAUAAGACCAUCAAAGUUGUUCUGCUAAGCACUAAGGUCGUUUACUCAUUAUUCAAAGAGGCCCACCACCAUCCUUACGCGAUAUCGGUGUUCGAGAACACGGUGUACUGGAGCGAUUGGAUAUCAGACUCCAUCCAGACUACAGAUAAGAUUCACAGCUCUUCGCAGAGACAGGUGCUCCUCAAGAUGGACACUUCGGUAUUUGGUCUCCAUAUGUACCACCCAGCGUUGAUGAAGAAGAUUCCUCAUCCGUGCGACGAGCACCCGUGCUCCCAUUUCUGUCUGGUCACAUCAAUCGACACCUACUCGUGUGCUUGUCCAGACGAAAUGGAAAACAAGAACGGCAGAUGCAUCCCCAAAGAUGACUAUCGCCCUCUGCAUCUGAUAGUCGGCAGCGGUAGACUGUUCACCAAGUUCCGGUUGGACGCCAUGGGCAAUCCGCACAGUCACGUCACCAACUUCUCCUUGGGACGCGUGCAAGCUAUGACCUAUGACUCUGUUCGAGAUAGGCUGUAUGUGUACGACGGUCGAGAGCACUCGAUCAGCUAUACGAACAUGAGCGAUUUCACUCACGGCAAAGUGUUCGCCCUGAUCAAGUUCGGACCCGAGAACGUUGUCGAUAUGGACUACGAUUACGUCUCGGACUCUCUGUACAUGCUGGACUCUGGCAGCGGCUACAUUGAGGUGUUGUCCUUGCGCACGCUACAUCGCGCCGUCGUCUACCGCUUCACCGACCGGGAGACUCCCGUCAGCUUCUGCGUGCUGCCGCAUUACGGGAAAAUGUUGGUAGCGGUGAUGCAGACGGAUAACGACAACCGGAUUUAUGUGGACAGCAUCGGCUUGGAUGGAGACGGGAGGCGGCACAUCGUCACCGUCAACAUCAGAGGUCCCCGGAUAAUCCUGAGGUUCUUGCACGGCAUGGACAAUGUGUACCUGGCGGACGAGGGAAACGGCAUCAUAGAUUACCUGCACUCUGAAGGUACCGGUAGGGAGAACUUCCGGGAGCUAUCGACUUCAAUAUCCAGUAUGGCCGUCACCGAAAACUAUAUAUUCUGGACGGAUAGAAGAACCCCGAAGCUAUACUGGGCUAAUAUACACGAAACCUCUCAUAAGAUCAGAAGGAUCGAACUUAGGGCAUUCUCAAACUCCUCUCAGCUCCUGCUGCAGACCACGUACCCCCCACCGUCUCCUCACGACCCGCUCACCCAGCACCCGUGCCACAGAGACAACCCGUGCUCCCAGGUCUGCGUCCCGACCCAUUCCCCCACGAACCCCUACAGCUAUAAAUGCCUCUGCUCUCCGGGCCUCGUGUUCAGUAACGGGAGAUGCACGGAGGUGGCCAGAUGCAGCGAAAGCGAAAUUUACUGUCACAAAAGCAAUAUAUGUGUGGAGAAAUACAAGAGGUGCAAUGGAGUCGUGGACUGUUCGAGGGGAGAAGACGAGGAAGGAUGUACACAUAUUACAAAGAAGCCCGAAAGCCAGUGCGACCCCAAUGAGAUACUCUGCUACGGGCUCUGCGUGGCUAAGGACUCUCCUUCCCCUUGUUCGCCUAAAAAUCAUUCAGACUUGACGACCCUUCCCCCUCUGAAAUGCGACUGGAACCAGUUCACGUGCAAGGAGAGCCCGGUCUGCAUCUCCCGGUCGCUGCUCUGUGACGGAGCCAAGGACUGUCCGGACGGCAGCGACGAGGGCCCCGACAACUGUGACACCCUGGCCUGCUUUGACACGGAGUUCAUGUGCGCGUCCGGUUCGUGCAUCUUGAAAACGUGGAAGUGCGACGGAGACCAGGACUGCAACGACGCUUCCGAUGAAAUCGACUGUGAGAGCGUAUCAUGCAAGCCCGGGUACUAUCAAUGCCGCGACCGGGAGUGUAUAGAGCUGAAGAAACGCUGCGACGGACACCAGGACUGCUUUGAUUACUCCGACGAGGAAGAGUGUGAUGAGCCAGUGGUCGUGGAGGAGCCGAAAAUACAUCGUUGUGCCGAAUGGGAGUACAGUUGCGAGCGUAACAGAAGUAUCUGUUUACCGAUUACGGCAAGGUGCAACAUGAAGACCGACUGCCCUGGUGGAACGGAUGAGAUAGGCUGCGACUACCGGUGCACUCCUCACGGGAUGUUCGGUUGCAAGCAGCAGAUCCGGUGCUUGGCCAUGAACCGGGUUUGCGACGGAAACAAGGAGUGCGACGAUGGAUCUGAUGAGACGCCCGACGCUUGCGCUCUCGUCAACAGAACCUCCCACCUGUACCCGGUGAUGCUGUAUCCGGCAGCAGAGUGCCGCGACGGAUUCCUCUGCGGCAACGGUCAAUGCAUCGAGUGGGCGGAAGUGUGCGACCGCACCCCCAACUGCUUCGACGGAUCGGACGAGAGCAUCCACUGCUUCUCGGCGUGCGACAACAACACGUGCGCCCACGCGUGCCAGGCCACGCCGCUGGGGCCGCGCUGCCUGUGCCCGGCCGGGUACAGCGCCGCGCCGGACCGCCGGACGUGCGCCGACGUGGACGAGUGCCGCGCGGGGCUGUGCUCGCAGGCCUGCGUCAACACCCCGGGCUCCUUCCUCUGCUCGUGCCAUCACGGGUACGCGCUUAGGUCCGACAGACGUUCUUGCAAGGCCGUCACCGGGAACAUGUCCAUACUGUACGUGUCUGGUAACACCGUGCGCUCCGUCUCGGCUGAUGGCUACGGCGCCAUAGAGUACAGCGACCCGGACCUUGGCGAUAUCACUGAUUUGGAUUUCAAUGUUAGAACGAAGCGUUUGUAUGUGACGUCUACGGAGUCGGGGAAGCUGAUAGAAUUGAACGUGACGCAUGACGUGGUCGCCGUGACGAACGUGGGACGGCCGACCAGGGUGGCAGUGGACUGGGUGACGGGAAAUGUAUACUUCGCGGAUAGCACGCCGGGUGCUAGCUGCGUGAGGGUCUGUGACGUCACCAGGAGGAGAUGCGCCAGGCUGCAGAAGAUACCGUCUGACGCCACGGUCAAGGCAUUGAUAGUGGAGCCGGCGUCCCGACGCAUGUUCUACUGCGUCCAGCGCGGCCACGAGUCCGUGGUCUGGUCCGCCUCGCUCUCCGGCCGGAGCGCCCUGGACCUCCUCCACGUGACCCAGUGCUCGGGAUUAGCUGCCGAUUCGUUCACGAGGAGGCUGUACGUGGCAGAGACUGCGCCCCCCCAUAUCAUGGUGGUCGACUUCGAUGGAAAGAAUCCCAAGAAGAUCCUAACGGAACGUCCACAGCUGCAAGCGCCCCACGCCUUGGCGCUCUUCGAAGACCACAUAUACUAUUUGGUGGGCGACUCGUACCGCCUCGGGCGCUGCCUGCUCCACGGCCCGAAGAACUGCGAGACCUACAUCUACAGGGUGUUCGAAGCGAACACCUUCGUCAUCAGACACGAGAGCAUCCAGCGCGACGACCUGGUCAACGAGUGCGCCGCCCACGAUUGCUCCAAUGUGUGCGUGCUCGAGAAGGCUCCGGUGUGUGUCUGCGACGAUGGGCACGUCCACGACGAUGGGAACUGUGACCCCAGCAACAAAAACGAGCUCCCCCUGUUCAACGGCUGGACGUACCAGGACUAUCAGCGCGGUCACCGCGCCAGCAUCACCGUCGUCAUCGCGGUCCUCGUGCUGUUCCUCGUGUACAUAGCACUGUUUGUAUAUUAUCACUUCGUCUAUAAGCCAAAGAGGAAGAGGUCCACGGCUUAUACAGAGGUGAGGUUCCAGAACAGCUCCGACGAAGCAGCGCAGUUGUCUUGCAGUCCGGCAGUCCAAAUGAACGGAAAUCAACUGAUAAAUGGUAACGAAUUCGUGAACCCGCUUCAGUACGUGCGCAAUGUGUGGCAACAAUCGAUCAGAAGGAAGCCACGUCCUGUUUGUACAGCUGGCCUGUCAAUAGCAGUGCCUAACUCUCCACAGCAAGACUUCUCCGAUACAGAGUCAGAUCUAGACGAUCGAGAAACUAAGAGGUUUAUCCGCAAAAAUAAAUUUCUCAAUUAACUUAAGUUACAGGAAAUGUUGUUAAAUUUUUUUGCUGAGCAAAAAGUGAAUGGCAUAUUCCAAAUUUUAUAUUUUAAUCCUACUAUUUAAGAUUUAGAUUAGGUUAUGAUAUAGCAUAACUAACUUCUAAUUUGUUAA